AUGGAAAUACCCGAGACAGAUUGCGAAGUCGUAGAAGAAUAUGUUCUCCCUUGUACUCCUGAGGAAGAGAACAUUUAUGAAGAGUCUCCUCCAAUAGAAGGUGAAGAGUGGAUGGUGGUUGAUACCGAGGAAGUUGUACAGUCAGAAGAAAAACAGACACCUGCAGUGUUGAGUGAACAACGUCCGUUACAUUUUGACGGUAGAAUCAUUUGGCUUAGAACAGAUUCCGAGAUUGUCGAAUAUGUAGAAUGUGAUCAAGAAGUAGAAAUUGAAACUACCGAGGUUGCUCCAGAAAUCAAAGAAGAUACAUCUAGCCUAGAAUCAAACACAGCUGGCAAAUUUGGAAAUUCUGACAUUGAAUAUGAAGAUGAUUCCCAAGAUGAUGACUGGGUUAACCAGUCACCUAAUAAAGACAAAAUAACAAAAGUUUCCAGAUCCAAAAGUUUAGAUAUAGUCUGCUAUAGCUGUGGAAAACAAUUUGAUUGUUUGAGUUCGCUACAAGAUCAUGCCAGAGCAAAUGGGACAAGACAGGCAAGAGACAUUGGCAGAGAGCCUGUUUGGAAAAAACAUACAUGCUGCAUUUGUGGUUAUACUACUGAAAAAAUUUGGAGCCUCAAGACUCAUAUCACUUCUAUUCAUGAGGGUAAAAGGCCCUUUGUUUGCCCUCAUUGUGAAUACAGUUGUACUCAGUUAGGAAAUCUAAGGUCUCACAUUAGAUCUCAACAUACCAAAGAGAAACCAUUUGCAUGUAAAGAAUGCGACUACAGGGCAACUGGCUCAGCAGCCCUGAAGCGACAUGUCAUGUAUAAACAUACAAAAGAAAAACCAUAUCAGUGUAAUCACUGUAUUUUUAAAGGAACAACAUCAGCUGCUCUUAAAUGUCAUGUGAUGUCAGUUCAUACUAAAGAAAGGCCAUAUGGUUGUGAAUAUUGUGACUACAGAGCUUCACAAUAUGGGGCUUGGAAACAACAUGUUUUAAAUGCACACACAAAGGAGAAACCAUACCACUGCACACAUUGUGACUAUAGUUCGACCAAGUUUGAUGCGUUACAGACACAUAUCAAAAAUAAGCAUAAUGUUUAUGAACCAUCUUUCCAGUGUCCUCAUUGUGACUUAAUACUUAGUCAUACAACAUUACUUGUUGCUCACAUGCAAGAAUUUCACUCUGAUAAUAUUAGUAGCCACCACUGCCCCUAUUGCGAGCAUAUUGCUGAAUCAGAAGAAGCCAUUAAGGAACAUAUUCAUAUAAAACAUGCUCAGAAAAAGUCUCAGCAGUGUCCAUUUUGUGGUGUUACAGCUUUGAGUUUCGGUGGCUUAAAACGUCACAUUAAAGUAGUUCAUGUGAAACACAAAUAUUAUGUAUGUGUUUAUUGCAACUACAGGGCCUCGUUACCUGAAGAUUUGGAAGGUCAUGUUUCAAUAACACAUGCUGAAGAAAAGAAAAAGCUUUGUUGUUGUCAGUGUGAUUUCAGGGCCAAUACUUAUGCUGAACUUACUAACCAUAUUAUGUCAGAACAUUUGAAACAUAACCCUUGCCAGUGCCCAUUUUGUUCACAUAUUGAUACUUCAAGUGAAGGCCUUGCUACUCAUAUUCGUUCUGUGCAUGCAAAACAAAAAAUGUACAGGUGUCCUCAUUGUGAUUUCAGUACUGCUUCUAGUCAACAGGAUGUACAAAAUCACAUAAUGACUGUACACGAAUAA